AUGAAAAUUUUUGAGAGUAAAAGAUUUUUACUUUUAGUUUUUUUUCUUUAUCUUAACACCAUUGUGAAAGGUGAACAUAAUGUAGUCGAUGAAAUAACUUAUAAUGAAAAAAUAUGUCAUGAAAAAGUAGAUCUUUAUAUACUAAUGGAUGGAUCUGGAAGUAUAGGAUAUGAUAAUUGGAUUUCUUAUGCAGUACCAUUAGUUUAUGAUAUAGUAAAAAAUUUAAAUGUAUCAAAUGAUGGAAUUCAUCUCUAUCUUUCUGUUUUUACUCAUUAUUUAAGAGAAUAUAUUGAACUAGGUAGUAGUCUAUCUACCAAUAGAGAAUUUGCAUUAAAUAUAAUCAAGAAUUUAAAAAAUAAAUAUUAUCUACAUGGUUCAACCAAUUUAACCAUUGCCUUAAGUAGAGUAUUACAAGAUAAUUUUAUAAAAAAAAAAGGAAGAGAAGACGCAGUUCAAUUAAUUUUGAUUUUCACAGACGGAGUUCCAGACGAUAAAGAGACAGCUAUGCAAGAAGUAAUUAAAUUAAAAAAAAUGAAUGCUAAAUUUUCAGUAAUAGGUGUUGGUAUGGGCAUUAAUAGAGAAUUCAAUAAAAGACUAGUAGGCUGUUCUCCUUAUGAAGAAAAAUGUGACCUCUAUUCAGAAGCCUCUUGGGUAGAUGUAAAAGAUAUUAUAGCUCCUUUUUUGAAAAAAGUAUGUGUUGAAAUAGAAAAAGUUGCACAUUGUGGAUCUUGGGGUGAAUGGACACCUUGCAGUGUUACUUGUGGAGAAGGAAUAAAAACGAGAAAAAGAAAUAUUUUACAUAAAGGAUGUUCUGAUCACAUGACUGCUCUUUGUGAGAGACCAGAAUGCCCUGCAAUAGUAAAACCCUCUGUUACAGAUAUUCCAGAGGUUGUUCCAGAAGAUAAUAGACGAGGAGAUGUUCCAGAUAAUGUUCCAGAUAAUGCCCCAGAAAACAAAAAACGAGGAGAUGUUCCAGAUUAUUUCCCAGAAGAUAAUAAGCCAGCUGCCCCAGAUAAUGUUCCAGAUAAUGCCCCAGAAAAUAAAAAACGAGGAGAUGUUCCAGAUUAUUUCCCAGAAGAUAAUAAGCCAGCUGCCCCAUAUAACGUUCCAGAUAAUUCCCCAGAAGAUAAUCAACCAGAAGCCCCAGAUAAUGCCCCAGAAGAGAAUCAACCAGAAGUCCCAGAUAAUGUCCCAGAAGAGAAUCAACCAGAAGUCCCAGAUAAUGUCCCAGAAGAUAAUCAACCAGAAGUCCCAGAUAAUGUCCCAGAAGAUAGAAAUCCAGAAAUUCCAGAAGAAAAAAAACCAGAAAAUAUUCCAGAAAAUAGAAAAGAAGAAAUAAAUGAAUACAUUCCAAAAAAUAUUCCAGAUGAUGUAGAAAUAUUUCCAAAUGAAAAUCCAGGAAUUAUCAAGAAAAAUCAACAUCACCUACCACCACAAGUAAUUCCUCCAAAAAAUGUACAUAAUGAAAAUCAAAUAAUUAAUAAUGUUCCUGAACAUAAUGAUAACAUAAAUAAAACUACAAUUGAAGAUAGAGAACUGAGACCACAUAACACAGAUAAUGAAUAUAUACGACCAAGGAGAAAUGUUUAUAAGGUUGAACCCUCCACAGAAAAUGUAGAAAAUGAGAAUUCUGAAGAAAAAAAUAAGAAGACAUCAAGUGAUAAUAAAUAUAAAAUUGCUGGAGGUAUAAUUGGAGGACUAGCUUUACUUGGAUGUGCUGGAUUUGCUUACAAAUUCUUAGCACAUGCUCCAACUCCUCCUAUGACUUCUGAAGGAGCGCCUUUUAAUGAUGUACUUGGUGAAGGCGAAAAAGAUAUAGAAGAAAAUGAACAAUUCAAAUUACCAGAAGAUAACGAUUGGAAUUAA